GCUGAUAGCAACCAAGAGAGAAACCGAGAUAGCUGAAAAUCAUAUUUGUUAUAAUUAAAUUUAUUUUAAGGAGAAAACUUUGGGACAGGAAGUUGAAUAUACGCCUUGAUUACACAAGGGUAGUUGACAUACUGUCUUUUUAAAAGAAAAAAAAAAUCUGUCGUGCUUUUAAGAAGUAUUGUAAUCUAUGCUGAAGCCAGGAUUCAUUAUUUAGUGUUAGCUAACAUUAGCACAUAAUUUAUUUUUCAUUUGUCUUUGGAUUUCAUAUUUUGGAAAUAGUAGAAAUAAAGUGCAUAAGUCGUUGUUUAUGGGAUCAUCAUGUCAAUGAAGCAGGCCGGUGGUAACCGUAAACCCGGCGGUGGCAGCGGCGGCGCUGCUGCGGCCUCUGGUGCCGGGGGAGGUGGAGGACCUGGCGGACGACAGAAUUUGGGCAGAGGGCGCAACAGUGUCAAAGGUCCUUCUUCCCCUGCAAUUGCCUUCAAUGGUGUUUACGCAAAUAUGAGGAUGGUGCAUGUCCUGACUUCAGUCGUUGGAACCAAAUGUGAACUGAAGGUCAAAAAUGGAGUAGUGUAUGAAGGAGUCUUUAAAACCUAUGGCCCAGAGUGCGACCUGGUCCUGGAUGCAGCUCACAGGAAGAGCCCAGACUCUUGCCUGGGCCCGCGGCGGGAGGACAUUGUAGAGAGCAUCAUCUUCAAGGCUUCGGACGUCGUCGUGGUGCAGUUCAAAGAUGUGGACCUCAAUUACGCCAGGAAAGUUUCUUCAGAAACAGACAACUUCACCGACUCCGCAGUUAGCGUGAGCACUCGGAUUAACGGGGAGCACAAGGAGAAGGACCUGGAGCCCUGGGACGGAGGGGAACAGCAUGCCUCAGACAGCCUGGAGGCGUUGGACACCGACGUGUCGAAUGGUUGGGAUCCCAACGACAUGUUCAAGUUCAACGAAGAGAACUAUGGCGUGAAGUCGACCUACGACAGCAGCCUGUCGUCCUACACAGUUCCGCUGGAGCGGGACAACUCCGAGGAGUUCCUGAAGAGGGAGGCGCGGGCGGCCCAGCUGGCGGAGGAGAUCGAGUCGAGCGCCACCUACAAGGCCCGCGUGGCGCUGGAGAACGACGACCGCUCCGAGGAGGAGAAGUACACGGCCGUUGUCCGUAGCGAGCGAGAGCCGCACACCCUCAACAGCAGAGAAAACAAGUACAUUCCUCCGGGCCAGAGGAACAGAGAGGGGAUGUCAUGGGGCGCUGGCAGGCAGAACUCCCCCAGGCUGGUGCAGAGCAGCUCCGGACCCCCACCCCCUCGCCCCGGACCCCACGAUUACAGCCCCAGCUCUGGAACAGACCAGCGGGUCGUAAAUGGAGGUGCCCCCUGGCCAUCGCCUUGCCCAUCUCCUUCCUCUCGCCCACCUUCUCGCUACCAGUCAGGCCCCAACUCUCUUCCGCCUCGGGCCGCCACUCCUACCCGGCCGCCCUCCAGACCCCCCUCCAGGCCCUCGCGCCCCCCGUCUCACCCCUCUGCUCAUGGUUCUCCAGCUCCUGUCUCUACUAUGCCUAAACGCAUGUCCACAGAAGGUCCUCCUAGGAUGUCACCAAAGACACAGCGCACCCCCCGGACGCAUCGGGUCCCCACCGGCCGGGGGGGUGUCCCCCCAGGGGUCGAGUUCAUGUCCCACAAUGCCCCGGGAGAUGUGGCAACCGCCUCACCCGCUCGGAGCAGCCCCUCCGGUGGCACUUGGUCUUCCGUGGUCAGUGGAGCACACAGACCCCGCUCCCCCCGGCAGAACAGCCUGGGCAGUGCUUCCAGUGGCCCUUCCUCCAUGCCCUCCCCCCAGGCUGGCACCGUGCCUGUUGACCCCGUGGCCACGGCCACCUCGGCAGUGUCUCCCACGGCUGCCAGCCCCGCCUCGAACCGGGCCGUAACCCCUUCCGCUGAGGCGAAAGAAUCAAGAGUCCAGGAGACGAGACAGAACUCCCCCGCUGCCAACAAGGAGAAUGUCAAGCCCAGUGAGACCUCUCCCAGCAUCAGCCGACCUGUCAGUAAAGGCCCCCCAACCAUGGCUUCAGAUCAUAGGAAACAAAUAGACAAUCUGAAGAAAUUCAGUGUAGAUUUUAGGUUGCAGCCGAGCUCUACCCCGGACCCGGUUCUCGACCAAAUGAUAAACAAGCAGCCACGGGACUCGGGAGAAAAGCCCAAAGAGCUUCCGCUGGACAAGGGGCCGGAGCCGGUGGGCAAGGCGGGUCAGGAGGCGGCGGCUGGGGAGGAGGCCUCCCCUGCGCCCCCCGCCGCGGGCAUCGGCCCGGGGGGAGCGAGCAGCAGCAGCAGCGGCGGCAGCAAGCCCGGCAGCCCCAGCUCCUCCUCCUCCCCCUCCUCCGGCCUCGGCCCCGCCCCGGAGCAGAAGAGGGGGCCCGACGUCACCUCGCAGGGGGUCCAAACCUCCAGCCCCGGGGGCAGCGGCAAGCUGGACAGCAAAGAGGACAAGGAGGACAAGAAGGACCCGGUCCCUGAGCAAGUCCGAAAAUCAACUCUCAAUCCUAACGCUAAGGAGUUCAAUCCAAGGGCUUUCUGCUCUCAACCCAAGCCGGCCACUACCCCGACCCCGCCGAGACCCCAGGGCCAGCCCAGCCCCUCCAUCGUGGUGCAGCAGCCUCCAACUGUCUACAGCCAGACCGUGUGCUUCCCCCAGAUGUACCCUCUGACCCCGGUCAGCCCCGGGGUUCAGAAAAGCAUUAUCUGGAAGCCUCCAGCCAUGUACCACGUCCAGGUUCCGCUCCCGGUGAGCCAGACCAAGCCCUACAGACCAGGUAAAGUGCCCAACAUGCCCCAGCAGAGGCCGGACCAGCACCACCCGCAGGGCACGCCCACCAUGAUGCACCCGGCGACCGCUGCCGGCCCGCCCAUAGUGGCCCCCAGCCCCGCCUACUCUGCGCAGUACUUCACCUGCAGCCCGCAGCAGUUCUCCAGUCAGCCCCUUGUGCAGCAGAUGCCCCACUACCAGUCCCAGGCUCAGCAUGUCUUCAGCCCUGUGAUGCAGGGUGGUGCCAGGAUGAUGGCCCCGCCCACUCACGGCCAGCCCAGCCUGGUGUCGUCCUCCACCACCCAGUACGGCGAGCAGACGCACACCAUGUAUGUGUCGCCGGGCCCCAUCCCCCAGCAGUACACCCACCCCAGCGCCACCCUGCACCCGCACCCCCAGCACCCGCAGCCCUCCGCCACUCCCACCGGCCAGCAGCAGCCGCAGGGCCAGCACACGGGCAACCACCCCGCCCCCAGUCCUGUGCAGCACGCCCAGCACCAGGCCGCGCAGGCGCUGCACCUGGGCAACCCGCCGCAGCAGCAGAUGUACUCGGCGCUGGCGCCCACCCCGCCCUCCAUGACCCCCGGGCCCAACCCCCAGUCCCCGCAGGCCAGCUUCCCCUCUGCCCAGCAGGCCGUCUACAUCCACCCCCAGCAGGUGCAGCACGGCUACAACCCCUCGCACAUGGCCCACGUGCAGCAGGCGCACAUGCAGUCCGGGAUGGUGCCCUCCCACCACGCCACGCCCGCUCACCCUCCCAUGAUGCUGAUGGCCACGCAGCCGCCAGGCGGCCCCCAGCCCCCCAUGCCGCAGAGCGCCCUCCCCCCCAUCCCCGUGUCCUCCACCGCACACUUCUCCUAUAUGGCACACCCCUCAGUGCAACCCCACCAUCAGCAGCAGUUGUAGGAGACCAUGAAGACUGGACCCGUCUCUUCUUCCAGCCCGCUUUCCAGACCCCAAAAAAGAGAUGGCGAUUCUCUCAUCCU